AAUUCACGAAAGUGUAAAAAAUGGAAGCGAUAUAGUUGUUACUGUUCAUUAGUUCGGCCUCCAACGAACAAGGCAAAAAAUACACCUCGCAAACAACAAGUGCAUCUCUUUCUCGCUCGUCUUUCAUCUCCAGAUUAUCAAAAAAAGCUUGCGUGUGUUCCCCCAUUGGUGGACGGGAGCCGCGAAAGGUAGAGCUAUUGGCGCUAGCAAGCCUCGAGGACGACUACACCUCUAGCAAAAUUGCAGUCCCCAUCUCUGAAUCCCAAAUCAGAUUAGGGAUCCGGGACAUCAUCCAACCACUGCGUGCUGUUGUGAGGUUAAUCCACGGAGUAAUUCAGAAAUGGAUCAGAUAUUGAACAAGGUGGGUUCUUACUGGUUUAGCAAGAGAGCCAACAAGGAGCUCAAUUCCGUCGGCGACGACAUAACCUCCUUGCACGCCAGUAUUAAAGAGGGAACCCAAUGGUUGUUCAACAAAGCGAAAGGAAAGAUACAGACACCCCUGCUGGAAUUCCUAAAGGAGUACGACUUGCCAAAAGGCAUUUUCCCUCGCGACGCAACACACUAUGAGUUCAACGAAAACACAAAAGAGCUCGUUGUCCACAUACCCUCUGUUUGUGAAGUGGGCUACAGUGAUGGCUCUGUUUUGCGCUUUAACACCACUGUGAAAGGAUUUCUCGAGAAGGGAAAGCUAGCUGACAUCGAGGGAAUGAAAACAAAGGUGCUUAGUGUUUGGGUUAAGGUCACUGCCAUUACAUCUGCAGGACCGAAGCUCCACUUCACGGCAGGGAUGAAGAAAACCCGGGAGAGGGCUACUUAUGACCACGACAGGAGUGGGGUCUGUGUAGAUAAGUUUUAGAGCGGUCGAAGACAACGCUGCGAUUGGUCAUGUAUCUUGUAAUGCCUUGUUUGGUUUGAUGUGCUACUACGAUCAAACGGUACUUUCCUCUUGUCCUUGCUUUCACUGAAACUUGCUGAUGUGAAGCUGUAAUGUAUGUGUAUUCAUGGAUGUCUUUUUCAUUUUCUCCCCAUGCGCCAAACGACUAUAAAAUCUGUUUUUAAAAUAUUCAAAAACGCCAGCAUGAAAGUUGCGGGACAUUGGAUGAUUACUUAGGAAAUAAAUAUCAUUUCCUAAAUAAAUCUGUUUUAUGAAU